UUAACCAUCACAAUUGAAAUGAGUGGAGAACCAAGCAAAUUCAACGCCAACUACGAUUCAAUCACAGGAAAUUUGAAAGAAUCUGCCGGUAACAUCCUCGGUUACGAAUCACUGAAAGAGAGUGGUGCCAAGCAACAUGCCUCUGGCGAAGCUGAGAAGCAAGCCGCCACCGCGAAGCAAUACACAGAAGGUGCUACUGAAGGUGUGCAAGCGAAGGCCCAAAACGUAUUCGGUGCAGUCACCGGCGACAAAGAACAGCAAGCCAAAGGUGCAGCUAAGGAGACAAAGCUGAAGCUAAGCGCAACUUCGCAUGAGAAGGUGCUAGUAUAAUGUUCGAUAUGCUUUAUUUAUUGUAUUUAUUUAGAUACGACGAACU